CUACACAUUUCUGCAUGUCCCAAUUUAAAAUCAUUACCAGAGGGGAUAAGCAAUCUCUCAUCUCUGGGAGAUCUUUCUAUCGUGGCAUGUCAUAAGUUGGUAUCAUUGCCACAAGGGAUGCAUGGCCUCACCUCUUUAAACCGUCUCUACAUUAAAGAAUGUUCCAAUUUAAAAUCAUUGUCAGAAGGAAUAAGCAAUCUCUCAUCACUUACACAUCUUACUCUUGAUGGAUGUCAUAAAUUGGCAUCAUUACCGGAAGGGAUAGGCAAUCUCUCAUCACUCGGACAUCUAACUCUGAGAAGAUGUGAUGAGUUGAAAACAUUGCCACGAGGGCUGCAUGGUCUCACCUCUUUAUAUGAACUAGAUAUUGAACAAUGCUCCAAUAUAGAAUCAUUAUCAGAAGGGAUAGCCAAUCUCUCAUCGCUUACAAAACUUGUUAUUAAAAACUGUCAUAAGUUGGCAUCACUGCCACAAGGGAUGCACGGUCUCACCUCUUUAAGCGAGCUAGAUGUUGGAGGAUGUCCGAGUUUGAAAUCAUUGCCAGAAGGGAUAGGCAAUCUCUCAUCUCUUGAAUAUCUUUAUCUUUCUGGAACAUCACUCCCACAAUGGCUGCAUGGUCUCACCUCUUUAAAGAAACUAUCCAUUGAUGGAUGUUCCAGUUUAGAAUCAUUGCCAGAAGAGAUAGCCCAACUCUCAACACUUGAAUGGUUUACUCUUUCAAGAUGUGAUAAGUUGGCAACACUCCCACAAGACCUGCAUCUUCUCACCUCCUUAUACUAUCUAUCCAUCCGCGAAUGCCCUCUCCUAUCACAAACAAUCAAGAAAAAUCGAUACGGCCUCUGCUCUAAGCUUGCUCGUAUCCCCACAGCUUAUCUAGAUGGGAAACGCAUUCAUGCACACUGGCAUUUGCAAAUCUUAACCGGUUGCAUCUAGUAGCUAAUUAACUA